AUUUGACACAUUGUAUUAUUUGGUUAAAAAUUUCUAGAAAAUAUAAAAUGGCUUACACAGAAUCAGAUAAGCCUCAGUAUUAUCCUGAAAACUAUGAUUACUCUGCUCCAUACCAUGACGAAUUUGGCUACAACAAUUUCAAUAACAAUUCUCCAAAAUUUUGGUCCUCUGUACCAGAAAAUAAUUUGAAUGCAGUCCUGCCCACGGUGGACUACUUAAACGAACGCAAAUGUCCAAUAUAUAUUCACGACAUCAAAAAAGAUUCGAGCGUAUAUAAUAAUUACAAUCAAAAAAACACUGUGAAUUCUAAAGCUAGAAAUCUCCACACUCAAAAGAUGGCGGGAGUUCAAAAUUCUUCGAAAUUCAUCUUGGAUAAGUUAGAGGAAUCCUACUGGGCCAUGUGGAAACCAAAAAACGAAAAUGUACAACAUAAAUUUUAUGAGGAUGAAGAGAAAAUGUCAGAGAUUCGAUUACAUAGUAGAGGGACGAAAAAAUUAUCAAACAACGCUAGAGGAGACACGAACGACAAUUUAGUGAAACACUUCAAAGCAAAAAAGUUCAUUUCUAACAGUUCUACAGCUUCUUGGUCUGAUAAAGAAGCUCAGCUAGGUGUAUUUCCAAAAAUACACAGCAUCAAUUCAACGAUAGAAUCAAAAAAAUCGUCUGAAAGAUAUACAAGAAGAAAGCCGAUUAAACCUAUUAAGAAAGAUCCAGUAUCUGAAGAAAUCCAAACUGAUGCUCAUUAUCCGGUUAUUUUAAAAGAAACUGAAACUACAUUAGUUGAAAUAGCAGUGCCAGAAGUAAAGCAAACUGAAGAUCCAGUAGUAGAAGAAGUAGUAGUAGAAGAAGUAGUACCAGAGAUUGUUGAAAAGGAAGUUGAAAAGAAACCGGUAGAUGUCAAGCGAUCGAGUGAAAAAUCUUUGCAAAAACAUAAAAAGUCAUCUCCGCGUCACAAGAAAACUCAUUCCAGAAAUACUAAAAAGACUAAUAACGAAACGGCCGAAGCUAAACCAGCAAAUAAUGACGAUACUGGGGCGUUCAUUGAUCACAAAGAUUCCAUAAUAAUCACCAAAGAAAAGCAAGAUAAGGUGGAGAAGAAGUACUAUCAGCAACCAAAGUGCAUUCGGCUGUACCGGAAGUCUGGAGGUGGAACUUACAUCAAAGGAGGAACUUAUCCGUUGAAGUCUUGUUUAAAGAGAGAUAUCGCUCAUCCCAAGGGAAAUUUUAGGUUAGGAGCACCGGGAAGUCCCCUAUUUGUCACUUCAGGUUCAUUUCUGAAUAAUAAACGAAAAUAAAGUACAAAAUUUCUUUGUUGGACGUCGUGUUUAGACGAAUUUGAUUAAAAAUAUUUCAGUAACAUCUUGUGAUCUUGUGUCUUUUGAUGAAUCUUAAUCUCUUAAUCAAUAAUAUUCAAUCUCAGAUGUAUAGUUCAUAUCAAAUAAAAUUUUAGUCACGUGAUUAA